AUGGAUGAUAGUGUACGGCUUCCUAUCACGAGGCAGGCCCUGACCCGGCUAAAAGCAGUUGAUUUGAAGAAGAUGAUGAAGGGGAUCGGUCUGGGUAGCAGUGGCCUCCGCAAGCAGGACCUCAUUGACACCUUGAUACAGUACUACGAGGAGCCCAUUCCGGAUGUGGAGGAGCCUGCAGCGAAGAAGGCCAAGACCGACGUCAAGAUAUGCCCUAUAUUCAUCCAAGCCUUGGGGCUAAGGCGGCCAUCACAGCAUGCAGCGCCGGAUGGUAUGGUUGAGUGCCCCCUAUGUGAGGAUAGUGGCAUUUAUAUGGUCCAUGGUAGCGGGAAAGAACAGGCCUGUCGAAUGUGCAAGAAGGAAGGGACUGCAGAGGACGAGUCAACACCCUCGACUGUGAUGGGGGUGACUAUCAAAGUGGAGGAUGGUGGGGUACUGCCGGGGAAGCCACAAGCGCGGCUCGAUUUGAGAGAUUUUUCGCGGGAUCAUCUGGGGGAGUUGGCAUGCCUCGUGCGCGACAAGGGGUUUGAUAUAGUGGAGGCUGCUGAGGCUAUGCGAAGGCAUGACUAUCAGCUUUAUGACGCGACGAUGAACCUCACAGCGAUGAAGCAGCUAGCGGAGGAGAAUCUUGCAAGAAAUCAGGCUGCCGAGGCAUCCCUGGCGACGAGGGAUAUUGAAAAUAAGAGGCGAUCCAAGUCGGAGAGAGACGCCUUCCUUGAGGGGGGUGUGGAGUUCCUGGAAAUGUCUCAGGCUCUAGCAGGUCCUGAUCUGUGGGAAUAUCUAGAAGCUGUAAUUGAUUCCCUACUUGGUAGUCGCGAGCUCCGAUUGGCUCUGUUCACAUAUCUUCAAGAGAGGAGGAGGGCAAUUAAGUACAGGGCUCCUGCAGAGACCUACUUCGUAGCCAACAUGCCCAACAUAUCCACCCCUGAGCAUUUCCUAGCCUCUAUCACUGAGGAGACCAAUAAGAUAAAGGAGGCCAUGUACGAUUUACCAAAAUGCGGCGGAGCGACGCCUGCACUUUUUCGCCAAUUCAAGGAUGCACCGGUGUUGACUGCCGAUGAUGUGGCAAUGGGGACGUUCCGACAGAUCCUAGUAGAGAGAGGUUUGCCCGAUACAGCUGAGGUAGAGGGGUCCGAGUCAUUGGUUGAAGCAUGGGCACUAGUAACGAAGGGCGACUACUGUAGGGCAAUACAGUCCCUCGGGAGGUUGGUGAGGAAGAGGAAAGUCUUGCAAAGCGACGACGGGAUCAUCAGCCUCUUCACGAGCCUAUUGUGCCAGGCUAUACAGGGGAAGGAGGCGCGUCUUAACAAGGAGGAGUUCACACCUAUUGAUGGCGACUUGAUGACCUUCCUAGAGGCAGUCACUACGACCGCGCGUAUGGAUAGACUAGAUCCCAUCGCUGCCUACCACGCUGGACAUCUGCUCAUGUCGUGGUGGGUUGAUAACAGGAAGCUGCCAGGAUGGCAUGGAAGCUCAUCGGAACUCGAUGCCUUGAACGAUGAGGUGUGGAAGGUGACUAUGGUGGAGAUAGCCUGGGCUACAGCCUGUAAGGUGUCAGCAGAGGCUGGCCUCAAUAUUGUGGCCUCGAAGGAGGUACCUCUGUUCAGGAUGGCCGCGCGGAAAUUCCACAAACUCCAUGAACGAUAUCCUAGCCAUUUUGGCAUCACUUUGGAUUUGGCGAUGAGUCUUUAUGAGAGUGGGGAUUUGGAGUGCACAAGGGAGGUAUUCGGUCAGCUACAGGAAUGGGAUACUAUCAAAGGAGCUGAUAGCUACGCUGGCUUACUGAAGCUCAUCGAUCGGCCUAAGGAUCUGGCAGCGCUCGCGCAUCGUUGUCUUGGAAUUGAUCAGUAUGCAGCCGAGACUAUGUUUGUGAUGGGAGUAUACCAUAGCUCCUGUCAGGAUACUAUCAAUGCUAAGGUGUAUUACCGUAAGGCGAGCCGACUAUAUACUAGAACAGUGGAGAAAGGCACCGCAUUGGUGUGUUUGGCGAAUGAGUGUAUGCAGGAAGGUGUGGUUGCUGAUGCCAUCUCAGCUCUGAGGGAGGCCACUGAAUUGGACCCGACCUCUAUGGCAGUAUACGAAGCACAAGGGCAUAUGAACUAUGCCGCCUACUACUACCGGAAGGCUGUUGAGCUCAGGCCUGAGAGCCUCAUAGGGUGGAGGUCCCUGGGUAACUGUUGUCUCAAUAUGUGCUUUGAUGAUGAAGCCGCGACUUGCUAUGAAGCGGCGUGGAAGAUCUUCAGGAAGAGCUCUAGGAUGGAUCCGGAGGUGUACCAGGAGGUCCUACCAAAGCUGGCUAGACUUUACCAAAUGCGGGGGGAAGACGACAAGGUGGCAGAAGUCUACGCUGAGGUGCUACUACGGCGGUUUGCACAGGAUGAGACGAGGACGGAGGACCUGGGCAAGGCCACGUCCUUCCUUGUCCAGUACUACUCCACACGCGAGUGCCCCGUGAAGGUCCGCCAGGCCUUGUCCCACUUUGGGCUAGAAAUCGGCGGCGCUGUACUCCGGUCCAAUGGUAAUUCACUCAGUGGAACGCAUGUGUAA